AUGUCACAAAGCCAGAGCCAUGGGUCAGGUAGUCCUUUAAAGUACGUUAUUGUGUUCAGACCUGGCGAAAAUAAAGGUGAACAAGAAGAUUCGGUGGUUAGUGAACAGUUGUUACUACACCAUGCGUUUGAAGACACAGAGCUAAUCACAUUAAGCGCGAAACUAGGCAAAAUCGGUAUAAUACAGGCCCUAUGGACCCUGUCAGAAGAUACAAAUGAUACUUGCAAGAUUAUAGAGACAGAGCAGGAGACAAUGAUCACAAUUAAAGUUGAGGGUGAAUUUUAUAUUACACUUGCUAUAGGAGUUGAUCCCGAUUUACUAGCUAUUCCCAAUCCGAUUUUUGAAGGUCACCUGUGGAAUUGCUACCAUUUCUUUACUAUUAAAUAUGGAGAUUUUACUUCCUUUGAGAAACAUGUAUUAACAGAUUUACUAAAUGAGCACUUUGUGUCUUUCUGGAAUGAUUUAUACCGGAAACCAGAGUCACUAACCAGAAAUUUCCUUCAGUAUCUAUGCCAUGAUUUCUACAAAGUAGCUGAUCUCGAUCCCAACGGCGACAAGCAAUGGGAAGCCACUAUCAUCCAAGAUUUACUAGUGCAAACUGAAAACUAUUUGGGAAUUAAAGAUAUUCUAGUGUAUAAUAUUCCCUCAACAGAAAGUACGUACGUUGGCAAAUGCAAAUACGGUUUGAUAAGGAAUUUUUGUAACGAGUUUGAAGAUCUUGGUCAUUUCUCAAAUUGGUUACAACAUAUUCAUACUGUCUUUGGAAAGAUAUCUAGUCAUGUGUUAGCUGAGAAUGUUCAUUAUGAACUACAUAGUGGCCAACUUGAACAAACAAACUCUGAUGGGAUCAGAGAUGGCAAUGACUUAAAUCUUUCAGACAACAACAACGAAACUGAUAGUAAUACAUUUUCUCAGUUAUCUACCAAUUUUAUGCAUAAUCUAACAUUACCAAUAACAUUUGCAUAUGAUGCCAUCCAAGAGGUUGGAAAUACCACAGGAAUAAAUAAUAGCGUCUCUUUAUUUAUGAACUAUCUCCCCAAAUGGCAAAAUAACUCUACAGCAUCAGAAAACGAAAAAAACAAAACAAAAGCAAGAUAUGGCUAUCUUAUAUCUCCAUUAGCAUUCGAUUCGCUACCAAAAUCAUAUAAAUUAAAAAAAAUGCAUCUUAAGUUUAACGGUGAAGAGAGAAAACCUUACCACGUAUUGUUUUGGUAUUAUAAUGAUGUCCUUGUUGUAAUAAUAUGUAAUGAGAGUUUUGAUAGUAUAUGGAGUAAGGAAUAUCUGAAUGAACUAAACAAGCAUCUGGAAAAUUCAAUUAAGACUCUCUAUGAUCAAAAUCUUUAUGAUUUACCCAAUACUGAUAAUCAUUCAAAUAAGAAGAAUGAUAUCCUAAAUUUUGCAUACCUAAUCACCGACAAGAAAAGAAAUAAACUUUACAGUUCAUUUCCAGAUUUGUCUUGGUUCAAUGAACAGCAAGAGACAUUAUAUAGAACAACUUUGGAGCUGGUUUCCAAUGGCCUCGAACAGCUACGCCCACAAAUAACUGCUAAUGAGUUAAGCAUAACAACAAUAGACUCCAAUAAGCAAUGGGGUUUAGAUAUUAUGGGUAAUAUAUUGAGUAUGUUACCUAGUAACUCUCCCGUUCCUGUAACAAAAGAUGCCUCUAUACCAUUGAUGAAGAAACUGAACUUUUUAGAUAAAUUGAAUGAGAAAGUACUACGGGAUAUUAGCAUUGAAACUUUAAGAGCAAUUGAAACUCUAUCUCAGUCGAUAAACUCUAAUAUUCAAGAGGAAAAAUUACUUAAAACAAGUGAUGGGAUUUUAUUGUACAUACGAAACGAUUGUAACAACCUGACAAUCAUACUAAAAAACUGGAUUCAAGACACUAAGCAUCAAACUAGAGCUCUCAAAUAUAAAAAUCAUACAUUGAACUCAUACUCUACAAGCAUUGAGGACAGUAAUCUAUUCAAAAAUCUUGGACCAGAUGUGAUCAGCUGGUAUAGUGAAUACAAACAAAUUUUACAAGAUGAUUCUUCAUAG